UUCUCUCUCGUAGGCAAACUCAGGAUCUCCCUGGGCGGCGCUCUCUGGAGAGCUGGCCCCUUCCGCUGCCUGCUCCCUCCUCUGAGCUAGCAGUUUUUGGAGCUUGGAGCACUAGAUCCAGCAGCCAUGGGGGCGGGCCAGCCCAAGGGGCUGCCUUCCCCGCAGUGACGUCCCAGGAGGCGGAGGGGCAACCAACUAACGGACUCUGCGCCCUCCCGGACUCCUCCCAGUCAGUGGGUCCUUCGGAGAUGCGGCUGCCUUGGUGGCAGUUGCCCAAACGCAGCCGCCUGUUUGCCCACUUCUCUGCCUUAGUUCUGGGGUGUCGGGACGCACUGGAGUCCAGCAAUGCAGCCAGGACCAGCGCUGCGGGCCGUGUUGCUGGCUGUGCUGCUGGCAGAACCGCGGGGUUCGAAGGGUCGCCUGCUGAGCGCCUCGGACUUGGACCCCAGAGGAGGGCAGCUGGUCUGCCGGGGAGGGACUCGGAGGCCCUGCUACAAAGUCAUUUACUUCCGUGAUGCUUUUCAAAGAGUGAACUUUGAGGAAGCCAAAGAAGCCUGCAGGAGAGAUGGGGGACAGUUAGUCAGUAUCGAAACAGAAGAUGAACAGAGACUGAUAGAAAAGUUCAUCGAAAACCUCUUGGCGUCUGAUGGUGAUUUCUGGAUUGGCCUCAGGAGGCUGGAGGAGAAGCAGGGCAACAGCACAGCCUGCCAGGACCUUUAUGCUUGGACAGAUGGAAGCACAUCACAAUUCAGGAACUGGUAUGUGGAUGAACCUUCCUGUGGCAGCGAGAUCUGCGUGGUCAUGUACCAUCAGCCAUCGGCACCAGCGGGCAUCGGGGGCUCAUACAUGUUCCAGUGGAAUGAUGACCGGUGCAACAUGAAGAACAAUUUCAUUUGCAAAUACGCUGACGAGAAACCAAGUACAACACCUUCUAUAAGGCCUGGAGGUGAAGCAACUGAGCCAGCAACACCAUCACUUCCAGAGGAAACACAGCAAGAAGACAUCAAAGAAACAUUUAAAGAAAGCAGAGGGGCUGCUUUGAAUCUUGCCUACAUCCUAAUCCCCAGCUUGAUUCCCCUUUUCCUCCUACUAGUGGUCCUUUCAGCUGCAUGCUGGCUUUGCAUCUGCAGAAGGAGAAAACAAGAGCAGUCAGACCCUGGCACAAAGGAGCAACACACCAUUUGGCCCACUCCUCACCAAGAAAACAGCCCCAACCUAGAUGUUUACAAUGUCAUUAGAAAACAAAGUGAAGCCGAUUUAGCUGAGCCCCGGCCAGACCUGAAGAACAUCUCAUUCCGGGUGUGUUCUGGUGAAGCCACUCCCGAUGACCUAUCUUGUGACUAUGACAACAUGGCUGUGAACCCUUCAGAAAGUGGGUUUGUAACUCUGGCAAGUAUGGAGAGUGGAUUUGUGACCAACGACAUUUAUGAGUUCUCCCCGGACAGAAUGGGGAGGAGCAAGGAGAGUGGAUGGGUGGAAAAUGAAAUAUAUUACUAAGACAUGUG